UUGAAGGGUGCACUAAGUAAUUGAAAAAAAAAAAAUAGCCCUCAGAUUCAUCAAAGACCAAACAAAAAACAAUUGAAAAAAAAAAAGAAGAUAAUUACAAAAUUUGAAUUAAACCCCAAAAAAUUUAAGAAUUCUCUGUCUGGCAUAUUGAGCUGUGAGAUUGAUUCAUCGCAGCAACAACAGCACCGUCGUCCCUGCAUCGAGAUUCAGCUCGAUUAUUAGGAAUAUAUUAUCAAAUUAGGCAGGAUAUUAUGGCUGUACAAUCUGGGUCAGGUUCAUCAGAGAAGAAAUCAAGCAAUGGAGAGAAUGAGUUGCUGACUUUUAAUGCUGAGAAUAUGCAAAGCAACAUGAAAAUCAUAUAUUACAGCCGAACAUUUUUAUCUAUAAUUGGCGGAGUUGUUGCUGGUAUUUUGGGAUUUACAGGCUUGAAAGGAUUUGUCUUUUACUCACUUCUCAUGGCAUUUACUUCACUUGGGCUCAUAGCCAAAGCAAAGUUUUCAAUCCACACAUACUUUGAUUCCUGGAACCGUGUGCUAAUUGAUGGCUUUCUCGGUGGUCUAAUGUCGUUCGUGCUGUUCUGGACAUUUGCAUAUGACAUUGCUCAUAUAUUUUGACCGACGGAAUGUGCAAAUGUUUCUAGAGAAGGCAAUUUUUUCUCCACCAUUGCGGCUAUUCAGAAUGGAAGUUACAACAAUACACCCUUCACUUACUAGAUAGCUUUCAUGAUGUUACUGUUUUAAAACAAUGUAACCUAUACUUUCAUUAUCUUAUACAUGUUCACGUAUAAUUUAAUAUAGAACCACAAGUGGGAAGGACUUGAUAUUUUUCAUCAAAUGUAUUGUGAUGUAGAUUUCAAGUUGUCCAAAUUUAUGUCAUUAUUCUGUUGGCUUUACUUCGGUAUGAAACUAUAUCAAUAUCAAUGACUAAACAGCUUUCUAGUUCUAAGAUAAAA